AUGAGUAUUGGAUUCCCUAUUAUUGUUCAAUAUUUUAAUGGUACUCAAAAAGAAUUAAAAGAGGUUAUUAAUAAAUAUAGUCCAGACGUAGGAAUUAUUAAAUUAACUCAACAAGGUCCAAAUUCAUUUAAAGUAAUUGUUAAUAAUACUCAACAAGGAAGAACAAUGAUGAAUUUUAAUAAUUUUAUUUAUAACGGAAAUCAAAUGAUUGUUACAUUUGAAAGAGAACCUUCUACAGAAGCACAAUUAUUACAUUGUUUUGAAGUUAUUAAAUAUUCAUUUUGUGAUGUUCAACAACGUCGAUUAGAUCUUUCAAAUUUAAUGGAAAAAUUUAAACAACUGGGUUAUUCUCCACAACAAACAAUUAACCAAAUUUUUACACAAUGUAUUCAUUACUUUAAAGAAGAAAUUCCAGAUUUAAUUGAACUUUCAAUUGCAUCAAAUCAAAUAGGAGAAAAUACAAAAAUUUUUAGUGAAAUUUCUUAUGGAUUUCCAUUACUUUCAAAAAUUGAUCUCAGUAAUAAUAACCUCACAGCUUUAUAUCAAAUUCAAGCUCUGGAAAAUUUGCCUAUUAGAGAAUUAAAUUUAUCAAAUAAUCCAUUACUUAAACCUACUAUCAUUCCUCAAUUAACUAUUUAUUUCUCUUCAUUAGAAUUAUUAAAUGGUCAACAAGUUAAACAACGUCUUUACCUUCCUUCUAUUAAUUCUAUUCCUUUACCAUCUAAAUUUGAUUCAAUUUAUCCUUCUAAUCCAGAACAUUUUAAACAAAUAUUUCAAUUUAUGAAAACAUAUUUUCAUUACCAUGAUACUGAUGUUCAACAAUUAGUUGCUGUUUAUUCUCAACAAUCUAUUUUCGAUAUUAUUCUUGAAAAAGGAAUUAAAUUUCCUUCAAUUACUUCAAGAAAUUUAAAGUCAAUUACAAAUUCUAAUGACCUUUUAAAAAGUGUUUAUAUUGGACAAAGAAAAAUUGCUGAAAAAAUAUUAAACCUUGGUGGGACUACUCAUAGAGUGACUUGUUUCUGUUAUGAUAUUAUAUCAGUUAAUUCUUUGGUCAACAUUAAUGUAAUGGGUGACGUUAAAAUUGGCAAUGAUAUUUACCAAUUUUGUAGAACUUUUGUUUUAAUUCUUUCUCCAAACCCAAUAAUUUUAAAUGACCAUUUACAUCUCUUUUCAAAUACUUCAGUAUUUACUACUGUUAAAACUUACUCGUCUUAUGUAAGAUAUAUUAGUUCUCAUUUCCCUGGACUCGACGAAGAAUACUCUUUAUUUACUUUGGAAAAGAAUCAAUGGAAUGUCCCUCAAACUCAAAAAGAAAUUUGCCAACAUUUCAACAUUAAAUCUACUUUUUAA